CGUCUCCUCUGACUCAUCCAUGCUGUUCGAAGGAGACUUUCGUCGUCAGCUGAUUCACAAUCACUCCUCCUCCUCUCACGUAUCUUUUUUGUUUAGUUUUAAUGUAUUUACAAAAUGUGUUAAUAUAUACACUCACUGCUGCCUGGUUAUUACCUACAUUGACAAUGUUUUAAGUUACACAAACAGAUAUUGACCGUGAAUCGAUAGAGAAACUGUCAAAAAUGGCCAGCGGUAUCAGUUUGGAAAAUUUCUACAUUUUCAACUCAAAUUAUGGAUCCCGAGAAGGCGAGGAACAUAAGAAGAUUAUGUUUUACUUUCCCAAGAAAGUUGACAUCGACACCAAAAUGAAACAGAUUGGUCUAAGUGAAGCAAUUGUCCAGUUUACUAAGACAUUUACAGAUAAACCUUGUAAAAGUCUACACACUCAAAAACAUCGACAAAUAUUUCAUGAACCUGAAGAAAGUUUCUGGAUGGUUGUGACUAUUACAAUACCAUCAAGUGAAAAAAUAAAGGAUGGACAGUCAUUUAUUGACUAUCAAGAUGAAGAAGUACAAGAUCUAGUGUAUGAUUGUGUUUUAAAACAAGCUUACCGGAUGUUUAAGCUAUUUAAUGGAAGCUUCAUGAACAUUCUCCAGCGCUCAAAACAGUCUGUAGUGGCAUUACAACAACGAUUAGAAUACUUCUUUGCAAGGUAUUUACUUACUUUAAAACUAUGUCAAAGUGACAUCCUUGAUGUUUUUGAUGGAAUUCACUUUCUGCCUCUGAAUAAGAACACCUAUCUCCGCAUGAAAUGUUUCAUAAACCAGGUGGAGGCCCAAUUCCCAGAAAUCAAAUACACAGCAUUCCUCUAUAAUGACCAGUUAGUGUGGAGCGGUCUUCAGCAAGACGACAUGAGAAUCAUGUACCGGUACUUGAUCACUGGGCUUUUCCCCAGUUUCUUGGAACAAAACCUAAUAUCCGAAAACAUAUCUCCAGUCAAACUAUCUGGGGUCACUGCAAGCUCACAGGUACAUUAUGGAAGGUUCAUCACGGGGCCACCAGAUAUCAAAGAUGAGAGCAAUAUGGGAAAGGUACCGCAUGUUUAUCUGAAUACCGAAGAAGAAAAUGAAGAAUGCUACUUGCUUGUAUAUAGAGCACUAAGCGCUAGUAUUUGCAUGUUUAUUAAUGUCAACACACCACUGACCUUUCAGACGUGUAAGAAAAUUGAUGCAUUCCUGGGACAAACUUUAACAACACUUGCUUCCGAUAUUGCUGAACAGUAUUCAAAAAAGUCAUUAAGUUUUAGUGAACCACAGUACAAAUAUGUGUACUUCAAUCAUAUGAAUCUGGCCCAGAAGACGACUGUACAUGGUGACAAUAAGAAAUCAACAAAUUUAAACAUUCCCCCUGAUACAAUCAAGCUCUUAAGUGACAUCAGUUCAGAUUUCUCUAAGUGCGAAGAUGAUGCAGAAACCAUUGUGAAGACUUUGAAUGACUCUUGGGUUGUAGGGAAAAAAUCUGACCAUCGAGAAUUCUAUGUGGUUAUUAACCAGAAAAAUGCCAAUCUCAUUGAAAUCAAUGAGGAAGUCAAAAAACUAUGCAGCACACACUUCAACAGUGUAUUUUUCUUGGAUUAAAAUAAACCAACUGUUACUCUCUGCAUCAAAAUUUGUGAGAUAUCUUUCUAUUUGUUGAUCCAGAGAGAAACACAAGUUUACAAUUUGGUUUUCCAAUACCAAAACAAGCUGAAAUUUUGGCUCCACAACUUCAGUAUUUCAUUCUAAAAAUUUUAAGCACAGUCAACAACAAAACUGGCACAAAAUCAAACAGGCGUUCUUAAAAACCACUGGAAAUUUAUGGAGUUCUUGCCAUUUUGUCAAGGGCAGCAAACAGAAUUUUCAGAAGCACACUCAUUUUAUAUCAACACAUAUAUAUACAUACAUAUGUCUAUUGACCAAAAUGAAGGUUAGAAGACUCAGGAAAAAUAUUUUGAUACAUUUAUCAAAAUGUAAGAUAGAAUUUUGCUAUUUUAGGGUGUUGUGGAAAAGUAAAGCUUGUUCUGUUAAAGAAAAAAAAUAUGAAGAAAAUUUUAACCCAAACAGAACUUCCAUUGGAAUUCUUAUGCAAUUUGCACCAGUUGCCCAUACCACUAUAUAUAUAUAUAUAUAUAUAUAUAUAUAUGUAAAAACGUGAGUUUGUUUUUGAGACACAAAUACAAACAUGAUUAACCACAAUGCACGGUACAGGUUUUAAUCUAAUUGUGGGACAUGCUGAAGGGAGUCUAUACAGAUGGUUAAAUGAGAGGAUAAUCUAUUAUUAUGUAACGUCUGUGAAUCCAGAGACUGGAUGUCUCUUCAUAAUUAACUUUUUAUAUGUAUCUAAUAUACUUGAUUGUAUGAGCAACUGAAACAGAAACAUACUUGAAAAGGCGGCUGUACUUGUAUGUGUAGAAAGCAGUAUCCCUCAGUGAAUAUGUGUGUGUGUGUAAGUUGUCUAAGAGUCCGUAAGUCA